UGUUGUAGAGGGAAGACCGCUCGGGUGUGAGUGGGACGGGCGCGCGCGGCUAACGUUACUGCUCACUGUGAGCUACAGAGUCAAGCGAUGGAGACCUGAUUUCUCUACGCCGUGGUGUGGGAUUUUAAUAAUAAAAAAAACACCUUGUUAAUGGACUCAGGAUACGAGUUCGCAAGUUUUCCAGGGAUAGACGAAGAAACCGGACGGUUCUCAGUGUGGUCUCUGACACGUAAGCGACGCAGAAAAGUUGAGUCGAGCGCGCGAGUUGGUUUGUGCUCGUCAGACUAGCGCGUUUAUUUACCACAGUUAGCUCGCUAGCUGGGUCGCUAGCCAGCGGAAAGGAUUUUACUGCUCAGCUUAUUAUUAAGCUUAUUAUUUGUUUUAUAAUGGCGGGUCUACGAGCGAGAGUGUUGUACGACUUUACUUCUGAAAACCCCGGAGAGAUAUCGGUUAAAGAGAAUGAGAUAGUGACUCUGUACAGUGAGCAGGACAUAGAGGGCUGGCUGGAGGGACUGAACAGUACCGGGCAGAGGGGACUCUUCCCUGCGUCCUAUGUGGAGAUCCUGAAGAACCAAACAGCCUCUUCAUAUAACAACAGCACUUCUGUCGAUGCGCACCAGAGCUCUCAGAGGGUCAACAACAUUUCUGCAGGAAGCUAUACGUCGACUUUUGCAAGUGGUUUCCCAGCACCACCUCCACUACAACAGCAGCAGCAGCAGCAGAGUUACCCAGCCAGCCAAGGGAGUGAUGAUGACUGGGAUGAUGACUGGGAUGACAGCUCUACAGUGGCUGAUGAACCAGGUGUUACGCGUGGAGGUCUUCACGAUUUCGAAAAUAACGGACCCAACACUUACAGGGUGUCUACGUCCUCGAUGGCCCGAGGUGGCAAUGCUCAACAAGCCAAGAGUUCGGCUACGGUUGGCAGGAACCUCAACAGGUUCUCUACUUUUGUGAAGUCAGGAGGCGAGGCGUUUGUGCUUGGUGAAGCAUCCGGGUUUGUCAAGGAUGGCGAUAAGAUCUGUGUGGUGAUGGGUCAGUAUGGCCCAGAGUGGCAGGAAAACCCGUACCCUUUCCUUUGUACCAUCGAUGAUCCGACCAAGCAGACGAAAUUUAAGGGCAUGAAAAGCUACAUCUCGUAUAAACUAACCCCAACGCAUACGCAAAACCCAGUGAACCGAAGAUAUAAGCAUUUUGACUGGCUGUACACUCGGUUGGUUGAGAAGUUCCCAGUUAUUUCAGUUCCACACAUCCCUGAGAAGCAGGCUACAGGCCGCUUCGAGGAGGAUUUCAUUUCAAAGAGAAGGAAAGGUCUGAUAUGGUGGAUGAACCACAUGACGAGCCACCCGGUGCUGGCCAGGUGUGAUGUUUUCCAACACUUUCUCACCUGCAGCAGCACCGACGAAAAGAGCUGGAAGCAAGGCAAGAGGAAGGCAGAGAAGGACGAGAUGGUCGGAGCGAAUUUCUUCCUUACAAUCAGCCCGCCGAACUCCUCGCUCGACUUCCAAGAAGUCGAGAGCAAGAUCGACGGAUUUAAGGGCUUCACCAAAAAAAUGGACGAUAGUGUGAUCCAGGUGAAUGCCACGCUCAAUGAGUUUGCGAGGAAACAGAUCACUGGAUUUAAGAAGGAAUAUCAGAAAGUCGGCCAGGCGUUUAAGUAUCUCAGCCAAGCUUUUGAGCUUGACCAGCAGACGUACUCGGCCAGUCUGAACCACGCAAUUGCGUACACUGGUGAGGCUUAUGAAGCCAUCGGAGACUACUUUGUGGAGCAGCCGAAACAAGAUGUGGACCCGGUGAUGGAUCUUCUGGCACUGUACCAAGGACAUCUCGCCAACUACCCUGACAUCAUCCAUGUUCAGAAAGGCGCUCUGACCAAGGUGAAAGAGAGCCAGAAACACGUGGAGGAGGGCAAGAUGGAGAGGCAGCAGGCCGAAGGCAUCGCCGAGCGCUGCAACAUCAUCUCGUUUGCCACGCUAGCCGAGAUCCAGCACUUCCACCAGAUCCGCGUGCGCGACUUCAAGGCCCAGAUGCAGCACUACCUGCAGCAGCAAAUCAGCUUCUUCCAGAAAGUCACAGGCAAGCUGGAGGAGGCGCUCAGGCAGUAUGACAACGCCUAAAUCCACCACACACCCUUCAUCCUUUUCCCAGGAGCGAGGUGAACGUUAGCCAGCCUCUACUUUAGCAAUGCGCUAAACCGAGAGAACCUUCCUCUCUGAUAUUUCUAUGAAUUUCUUAGCCACAUGAUGAAUGUCUUGUCACAGCUAAAUGGGGCUAACUAAAGCAUAGGGGAGAAAGUAUGUGACAAGAUAGCAUUAACCCUCUCUAGGAGAGGUAGUGAUUUCCAGAUUAAAAGAGGGAGGGCAGAGGCUUUUGACAGCUAGGAGAACGUUACAUUACAGCUCUGUGGAACUAAUAGUGCUCAGGAUGACAAGCAUUCCAUUGGAAAGCACAAUUUCUGCUUUACUAACACAGUAGUUUAUUUACUCACAACAUAUGAUUAUAAAUCACGUCAGGAGCUCCAGCGCUGUUUCGUGCCAACCUUCAGAACGCUCGAGCGCUUCCAGGUUAGGUGAGCUUUUUCAAAAUGUUUACAGAGAUCUGAUGAGUAGCUGUCUUCUCUUUGCCGUGCCUUUCAGCCCUGUCUUUACUGAUAUUUUUAUUAUUUCUUUUAAUUAAUGUUAUAUACAAUAUAUAUUGUACUUAUUCUAAGAUGUUUUAUAAGGCCUUAUUUUUUGACCUGGCUGCUAAAGUAAGACAGAAGUUGUGCGUGUUCCAUUAGGAGGAAACGUGGGAACAGAAUUAUGCCCUAAUUUGGCUCUCGAACUGAUUUUCUCCCACGAUAUUUUCAGUAACAGUCCAAAAAAACAGGAUUAAGCAAAACCAGUUGUGCCCUGGGUUGAUUGCCCAAUCAUUCGUUAAGAGAUAUGAAAAUAUUCCCAUGACACAUGGAUCAGUGUCAGCGUGCAGGGAUCUAAAUAAAGCAAGAGAUAACAAACUAAAACAUGCCGCUCACUCAGGACUCCACUUCUGUGUUUCAUCAUGGACACAUCUGAUAAACCGGACGUGCGAGACUUCGACCCCGGAGAGGACUGACCCCUGAGAUUUUCAUUUAUUUAAUCAUAAAUGUUUUAUUUAACAUUGUGAUUGAGCAAAAAAAAAACCUUCUUUGUUCAGAAAUGUUCAUUCUUUUUUCCAAAAUAAACCCUGCACGUAACUCA